CUGAUUAUACAGUACGUUUGUAAUCAAGAAACUUUGCAAACUUGUAUGAGACUGGGAAUGCAGUAUUUACCUCUAACACGCUAACCUGAAGUCGGAGACGUAGGUUAGGGUACAAAGUUCACGUGGCAACGUGUUUUAUGUGUAUCGACGGCUCGUUUGGUAUUACAAGAAAUAUGUCAGAGAAGAAUAUGAGCGCCAUGCUGUCCGUCAGUCCGUCCAGGGGACUAGUGGAUGAAAAGUUCCGAGUGGUUGUGAAGAAUUUGUUAUCUGGACAAGACGUCACUCUGCACUCCCUACUGCGCUCUGAGGAUGACGACCUCUGGCAGGCUUUUGGACAUUAUGUCAGCGAUGAUGAAGGAACCGUGAAAGUUGCAGAACAUGUGUGUGUGGGAGGAUCGUACCAGGGCAUGGAGCCCAUGGGUCUGCUCUGGAGCAUGAAGCCAGUGCCUGGGAGUAGAACAGGACUCAGGUUGCGGAAGAAGGAUCUCAGCACCCCGAUGUUGGUGCACAUCUCUGUGUACUGUGGCCACAUCAGCCAGGGGUUCAGAGAGACGAAGGCGUUGGCUUGUGCCGUCGCCGAGCGCUGGUACAUGGCGCCAGGCGUCCGCAGGGUAGAGGUCACAGAGGGCGGGGUCAGAGGAACGCUCUUCCUGCCUCCAGGUUCUGGACCUUUCCCUGGAAUUUUGGACAUGUGGGGAGGGGGUGGAGGCUUAGUGGAGUACCGUGCCGCCCUGCUUGCAUCACAUGGGUACGUUUCCAUGGCACUGGACUACAUGUCACCAAAGGCCUUGUCAGACCCCUCUAGACAAGUUGGAAAACAGUACUUUGAGGCUGCAUUCACCAUUCUGAAGGAGCAUCCCCAGGUGUGCAGUGACCGGGUCGCCAUGUUUGGACUGUCCUUUGGCACCUCCGUUGUCCUGUCGAUGGCGGUGUACUCGUCCGUGAUCCAGCCCAGGUGCCUGGUAUGUUUGAGCGGGAGCCACGUGCAGCCACUGCGGGGAUCUCUGGCUGACGUCUUUAAGGAUAUUGAGAAAGAUUCCCACAAGACCCGUUAUGAUGAGGAGCAUCGAGUGAUCUGGCGAGAUCUUCUCUUGCCGAUACCCUCCGACCCCAGCAAGAAGGUUGCUGUGGGGCAGUUACAGUGUCCUCUGCUGUUGAUCGUGGGUGAAGAUGAUCAGAACUGCGCAUCUGCUGAGUCGGCUGAAGACAUGGAGAAGAUGAUGGAGGAGGCUGGAAACAGUCAUCUGUUGACCAUCCUCUCCUACCCUGGGGCGGGACACCUGAUUGAGCCCCCCUACACCCCGCAUAUUGCCUCUAGCAACUUUAUGGUUGCUGCAUCAGGAGGAAAAGUGGUGGCUCUCUGGGGAGGGGAGGUCAGAGCGCACUCUCGUGCCCAGGAGGACUCCUGGCACAGAAUCUUGGCCUUCCUGGAGCAGCACCUUUACGGCCCAGACCUGAAAACCCCCGGGGACCUGUGACCCCGUGCAGGAGGACCAUCUCCGUCCACCGUCCCCCUCCUGACUACUCCGCUCUCAGGCCACCCAGGGGCAUCCAUUCCUGGUGCCGUGGUUUUCAUAGAUUUCAUUUUAAUUGACUAAAUUGUUUCCCUUCAUCAAGUGCAUUAAUUCAAUUUAUACAAUGGAUAGGUCCAGUCCAUUGUCUCUAUUGGUCAGUUUGCGUUCCAGGCGUGGCAAUAUCCACACUAUACGCACGGCUAAAUGGAAUGUUCACACAUCUUUUAAUACUACUCUGCGUUUGUAGAUCACCGUUAUCUACUUUGUAAUCAAAAUUAACGUAACUUAAUGGUAUCAUCUUAUCGGCACUAGUAAAAUAAAAUGAGUGAGUUUAAAGUGUCCUUUGAUUUGGAAAGGAGCAGGAACUAAAAAAAAUACAACUUCGGCAACAUCCUCGGAUCGAAAUACCAGCAAGACCACCAAGCCCCGUUGAAGCAAAUGAUGACUCACAACGACACUGAGUUAUUUCAAUACCUACACGUUAUCUGGCAGUGUCCCGAUAAGCGUCAGUGUGUGUCAGUGUCGUCUGGUGUAACGUAGACUAGCAAGCUAGCUAAUGUUAAUGCAGUGGGGAUACGUGAUUCCUAAUAACGUCGCUUCGAGAGUGGAGUGGGGAUACAUUAUUGCUAGCUGACCUUCACAAUACCGUUGCUUAGGAACCAGUAAACUACUGUUCAGCGGAAGAAUACGUUUACCGUCAAACAUAGUUCCAUUAAAAAUACAUGAAUUUAAA